AUGGAUAUUGGCAAAUAUUCUAUUGGAAUUUUGCGAGUAGGUCAGCAGCGACUGUCGAUCGAAGCACCAACUCCGGUGACCUGGUCGGUGAACACGUUUGAUCUUGCGUCAACGGACAUCGGAAGAAACCCGAGACCCGUCUUGGACGACCACAGGUUCAGAUACGUUCUGCGCGAAACGAGCUCAAAGAUCGGGUCGUUGGUAAGUCUCGAGAGAAGUCCGAACUCCAAGAUCAACGACGUUAUUCCGGCAGUGCACUGUUCUCUUUGGAGGUUUUUGGGCACCUUUUGCGGACCGUAUUUGAGGUUUGUACGAGGAAAGGGGACCCCCGACUUGUUUUCGAAUGCAAGGACCAGUCGCUUGCCCAUGUCGUAUGCUAAUUUAAGUAAGAAGCCGUCGUAG